AUGAAAAAUAAUUCUAAUCAGAGGAAUAUAGAUUGUUCCUCUAAGUAUACUGAAGGUAUCAAUAAUUUCAUAGUAAAUUAGGCUUUUACUUACAUAAUUAAGAGAAAUACUAAGAAGCUAUUGAGUACUUCGACUAAGCUAUUGAAAUUAAUCCCAAAAAUAGUUUGCCAUGGUAUUAUAAAGGUAAGUAUGGUUAAAGUAGUUUUAUUUAGGUUUCUCAUUAAAAUUUACAGAAAUACUAAGAAGCUAUUUUUUGUUAUGAAAAAGCUAUUGCAAUUUAUCCUAUGUUUGAUCUCCCAUGGAAUAAUAAAGGUAAUUAUUUUUAAAGUAGUAUUAUUCAGGUUUAGUAUUAUCCAAAUUCCAGAAAUACUAAGAAGCUAUUUUGUGUUAUGACUAAGCUAUUGCAAUUAACCCUAAAUGUAAUAUGACAUGGAAUAAUAAAGGUUAGUAUUUUUAAUAUUAUUAUUUAGGCAAAGCAUUACACAAUUUGCAGAAAUACUAAGAAGCUAUUGAAUGCUAUGAUAAAUCCAUUGCAAUUAAUCCCAAAUGUAAUAUGACAAGGAAUAAUAAAGGUAAUUAUUUUCAAGUAUUAUUAUUUAGGUUUAGCGUUAUAAAAAUUACAGAAAUAUUAAGAAGCUAUUUUGUCUUAUGAAAAAUCUAUCUCAAUUUAUCCCAUGUUUUAUAUACCAUGGAUUAAUAAAGGUAAUUAUUUUUGGAUUUAUUAUUAUUAUUUAGUUAUAGCAUUAUACAAUAUCCAGAAAUACUAAGAAGCUAUUGUGUCUUAUGAAAAACUUAUAGCAAUUAAUCCGAAAUAAAGUGUGGCAUGGAAUAAUAAGGUAAUUAUUUUUAAGAUAUUAUUAUUUAGGUUUAGCUUUAAACAAAUUACAGAAAUAUUAAGAGGCUAUUUUGUCUUAUGAAAGAGCUAUUGAAAUUAAUCCAAAAGCUUAUAAUGGAUGGAAUAAUAAAGGCAAUUAUUUUAAAAUAUCAUUAUUUAGGUUUAGCUUUAUACAAUUAACAGAAAUUUCAAAAAGCUAUUUUGUGUUAUGAAAAUACUAUUGCGAUUAAUUCCAAAUAUCAUAUUCCAUGGAAACCUAAAUAAUAUUUUGAUAACUAUUAUUUAGGUUUAAUACUAUACAAUAUACAGAAAUAUUAAGAAGCUAUUUUGUGUUUUGAUAACGCUAUUGCAAUUAAUCCCAAAUAUGAUCAGGCAUGGAAUAAUAAAGGUUAUUAUUAUUUUAAGCAUUAUUAUUAGGUUUAGUACUAUAAAAAUUAUAGCAUUACGAGGAAGCAAUUUUGGCUUAUGAAAACGCUAUUGCAAUCAAUCCAAAAACUGAUAUAGGAUAGAAUAAUAAAGGUAAUUAUAAUUAAAUAUUAUUAUUAUCUAGGUUUAGCAUUACACAAUUUACAGAAAUAUUAAGAAGCUAUUUUGUGUUACAACAAAGUUAUUGCCAUUAAUCCCAAAUUUUAUAUAUCAUGGAAUAAUAAAGGUAAUUGAUUUUAAAGUAUGUUUGUUUAGGAUUUACCUUAUACAAUAUCCAGAAAUACUAAGAAGCUAUUUUAUGUUAUGAUAAAGCCAUUGCAAUUAAUCCUAAUUAUGCUCUGGUAUGGAAUAAUAAAGGUAAUUAUAUUUUUAAGUGUCAUUCUUUAGGUUCAGCAUUACACAAUUUACAGAAAUACUAAGAGGCUAUUGAAUGUUAUCACAAAGCUAUUGUAAUUAAUCCCAAAUAUGACAUGGCAUGGAACAAUAAAGGUAGUUAUUUAUCAAAUUUCAUUAUAAUUUAGGCUAAUCAUUAUUAAAUUUACAAAAAUACGAGGCAGCUAUUGAGUGUUACGACAAAGCUAUUGAGAUUAAUCAACAUUAUGAUGUUGCUUUGAGUAAUAAAGGUAGAUUGAAACUUAAUAUCAAUUAGGCUUUGCAUUACAUCAAUUAAAUAAAUAUGUAGAGGCAAUAUUAUGUUAUGAUUAAGCAAUUUCUAUUUGUAUCAAUCCACUAAGGUUAAAAAGAAAAGGUAAAUCAUUUUAUUUAAUUUAUAUUUAGCUGAUUCAUUAUUUGAAUAAGGAAAAACAAAUGAAGCCAAGCAGUUUUACAUAGCUGCGUUGGAAUAAGGAUCAAAUGAGUUAUAAAAGUUAUGA